AUGGACUCUUUAUCCGUCAGCUCCAUUUUGAAACUUCUAACGCCUUACCUGCCCGUGAUAAUAGUGUUCUACCUCAUAAUCUCCUAUACAACAAUAUGGUGGAGACUUCGACACUUUAAGGGCCCCUGGCUUGCUAAAUUCUCGUACGGGUUUAUGGCAAAGGCGGUGUGGUAUGGGAAGAUGAAUGCAGUGUAUACAGAGGUGAACGAAAAAUACGGGUCUCUGGCACGAAUUGGACCUAACGACCUCAUAACCUCUGAUCCCGAUAUCCUUCGCCAUAUGUCAUCUGCUCGAAGUACUUACAAGCGGUCAUCGUGGUACGAAGCUAUGCGCCUGGACCCAUAUGUAGACUCGAUCUUGAGUGAAAUGAGCGUCCCAAUCCACGACGCCCGCCGCGCAAAAAUGGCAUCUGCAUACUCCGGCAAAGAAAACCCUAAUCUCGAAGGUGACAUCGACGAGCAAAUCGCCUCGUUCAUUGCGCUGAUUCGGCGCAAGUAUCUGAGCGAAGGGGCAACAAUGAAGAAAAUGGAUAUGGGUAGGAAAGCGCAAUACUUCACUCUCGAUGUCAUCACAAAAGUGAGUUUUGGAAGAGCAUUUGGGUAUUUGGAGCAAGAUAAGGAUGUCCAUGAUUAUGUCAAGACAACGGAUGAAUUGGUGCCGUGGCUGACUUUCUUCGCUGUUGUGCCGCUGGCGAAUGCGAUUUUGAAUCGGAGCUGGGUGAAGGAGAAAUUGGGACCGGGGCCGGGGGAUAAGAGUGGAGUGGGGCGAUUGAUGGGGGUUGCCAGGGAUGUGGUUCAGGAAAGGUUUGGGGAGAACAAGAUUGAGAAACAGGAUAUGUUGGGUGCAUUUGUGAGGAAUGGCAUCCCGCAGAGACAAAUAGAGGCCGAGGUGCAUUUCCAGAUUAUUGCGGGGAGCGAUACUACGGCUACGGCCAUAAGAAGUACACUCUUACACUUAUUGACGUCUCCUAGGGUGCUGGCUAAGCUGCGGACGGAACUUGAUACUGCGGAGCGGGAAGGUAGGAUUUCGAAUCCCAUUACGAAUGCGGAGUCAAAGGCACUGCCGUAUUUGCAGGCGGUUGUUAAAGAGGGGGUGCGCAUUCAUCCCCCUUUCACGGGCCUUGUAAUGAAGGAAGUGCCUGCUGGUGGAGACACGAUCGGAAGCCAGUUCGUUCCUGGAGGAACUAGGGUCGCUCACAACCUUUGGGCUGUGCAGCGCGAUCCGAUUUAUGGAGAGGACAGGGAGAUUUUUCGCCCAGAGCGAUGGAUUGAGGCUGAUAGCCAAAAAGGGAUGCGGAUGGAGCAAACGCUGGAUCUGGUAUUCGGGCAUGGGCGCUGGGGUUGUCUUGGGAAGAACGUGGCGUGGAUUGAGUUGAAUAAGAUUUUUGUAGAGUUGUUGCGGCAUUUUGACUUCGAGUUUAUCGACCCGAGUAAGCCGUGGAGGAGCGUGAACUUUAAUCUCUUCAUGCAGGACCACAUGUGGCUGCGUAUUACUGAACGGAAAGAGAAAAAUUAAGCAAAAGAUGUAUUAAAAUGCAUUUAGGGAGCUAAUGGUAGAUAGCAACAGGAUACCGUCCCC